AAAAUCCUGUUGACCUUAUACGAGAUUUAGCUACUCGACGUAAAAAUUCGUUAUUUUGUUUCAAAAGUUUCUUUGAAGAAGACCUUCAACUUGAUUCUUUGGUUCUUCUUAAGAAAUAUUGUUUAAGUAAUUUAUGUAAAGCAG